AUGACAAAUUUUGUAUGUGCUAGUAACGAUGAAAGGCAAUUGUUUACGGAUUUGCUAACAAAUUAUAAUGUAUUAGAACGACCAGUAAGCAAUUCAAGUAUGCCAUUAGUUAUCAAAAUGCGCCUUUUCUUGCAACAAAUUGUUGACGUGGAUGAGAAAAAUCAAGUGGUACAAAUUAAUGCAUGGAUUCGAUAUAUUUGGGAGGAUUAUAAACUAAAGUGGGAUCCCCGAGAAUAUGGUGGCAUUAAGGAUUUGCAUUUUCCAGGUGAUAAUUCACGAAUAUGGAGACCUGAUAUACUAUUGUACAACAGUGCCGACGAUAAUUUCGAUUCAACAUUCAAAAGUAAUUUGUUAGUGUAUAGUAAUGGUGAAGUGAAUUGGAUACCACCAGGUAUUUUGAAAUUUAGUUGUAAAUUGGAUAUUACCUGGUUCCCAUUUGAUGAUCAAAUUUGUGGCCUAAAAUUUGGUUCAUGGACACACAAUGGAUUUGCACUUGAUUUACAAAUUGAUGCUGAUGAUAGCAAUUCAACACAUCAAAUGGAUAUCAGUGAUUACGUCAUAAGCGGUGAAUGGGACUUGAUAGCUACGCCUGCCGUACGUAAUAUUAAACGUUUUGUAUGUUGUCCAGAACCUUAUCCAACAAUUACAUUCUAUAUGCAUAUACGUCGUAGAACGCUAUAUUAUGGUUUCAAUUUGCUAAUACCAAGUUUGCUAAUUUCAUUGAUGACUGUGCUUGGUUUUACAUUACCACCAGAUGCUGGAGAAAAGAUUACAUUAGAAAUAACAAUUUUACUAUCAAUCGUAUUCUUUUUGAGUAUGGUUGCAGAAAUGACACCUUCAACUAGUGAAGCUGUACCAUUAAUUGGUGUAUUUUUUUCAUGCUGUAUGUUGGUCGUUUCAGCAUCUGUUGUUUUUACCGUUAUCAUACUUAAUUUACAUUUUCGGACGUCUGAAAGUCACGUUAUGACGCCACUUGUUCGACGGAUAUUACUGGAAUGGCUUCCGUGGUUAUUAAUGAUGUCACGACCCGGUUUUAGAUACAGUUGUGGUGAAGCAAUUACGGAAUCGGAAACGAGUAGUAGAACAAAAGAAGAUGAUUAUAUUCCGUUAAUUAAUGAAGUAAUUUUAUCCGAAAGAAGAAAUGCAUCUGAUGUUCAGAUUUUAUUACUUCAUCAACUUUAUGUAAAAUUAAAACAGAUUAGUGAUCAAAUGAUAGAGGAAGAAGAAUCGGAACGUUUGCAAAAUGAUUGGAAAUUUAGUGCGAUGGUUGUUGAUCGAGCAUGUCUUAUCUGUUUUUCAAUGUUUAUCAUCUUAUCAACAUGUUGCAUUAUGCUUAGUGCUCCACAUUUGAAUAUAUAA